AUGCAAAAAACCGAAAUUCAUUGGUCUCCGAACGAUCGAAAUCAAUUAGCAGAAAUCGGUGCUGAAAUCAUUAUUCACACAUUUGAUCGACCAUUAAGUGGAGAAAGUGGAAAAUGUGUUCUCGGUGGAACAAAUAAAAGAACUACAAGUCUCAACUAUCCAUUACAUGAAAAGAAUUAUAUCAAAUGUUGUGCAUGGUGGCCAUCACAAGAAUAUCCAUAUGUAUUUGCUAUUGGACAACCAAAUGGAAGAAUUAUUUUUGAAAAUGUGAAAGAUCGAUCGGAUCCAUUGAGUCAAGGAAGAAUAGUCAUCGAUCCGAGACAAGGACGAGCGUGUGUAGCAUUAGCAUGGAAUUCUAAACAUCCAAAUCUACUUUUAUCUGGUUAUGAUCGACAUCGUACGGAAAAUUGUUUGACUAUUUGGGAUAUAAAUCAUAAUGGAACGUCUCCACCAACAAUACCAAAUGGAACUGGACUUCCAACAUUGUCAUCAGCGACAAAUAUUGAAGAAUAUAAACGAUAUGAUAUGUAUUUACAUAAUCAACAGAGUUGUAAAGCAAUUUUUGAACAAGGAACACAUGAACAAUGUCAUUCAUUAACAUGGUUUAAACCAAAUGNCAAUUUCAAAGCUUUUAUCUGGUUAUGA